AUGCUCAAUAGUUGUGGUGAGGGCAUUACGAGGUGGGUUAGAAUGAGGAUGCCAUUGUUAGCUAUUAUUCUAAAUCUUCAUAAUCUAAGGAUUUUAGAAACAAUCUCGGUUGUAACACUGCAUAAUCAUUUUGUGAUGUACGCGAGGUCAGGUGAAACUUAUGUUGACGACCAUUAG